GUAAGAUAAACAGCAUUUGUGGAUCCUGAGACUGAUCUGACUAGGAAGAGAUCAGAGAUGCUGUCUAGAUAGGCUGCUCACGAGCUUUUAAAACACGCCCGCGUCGCUCGCUGAAAGCAGCGCUACAGCCGCGGCCGAUUCCAGCAGCAUUCAUCUGCUUCGGGCAAGCCAUCUGACAUCACAGGUUAUUCGCUUUGAAAAGCAACAAAUCAGCCAUUUUAGCCCCGUGUGCAUAUCAAUGCAAAAACAACAAAGCUUUCAUGAGGAACAAAAGCAAAAGGGCGAUAGUUUUAAACAAUAAUAAAAACCAGGGUCUUUCAUUUCCGCGAGUUGCUUGUUUUCGCACUGAUUUCUAGUAUGUGCCACAUGUGAUUGUAGGAAUGUGGAGCAUGAGUUCACAACAGCCCAUCACCUACAGCUUGGAAUCAUCUUGGGAGAUGACAGAUGGAUGCUUAGGGAGGAUCGGAGCCUGCCAGCAAACAUCAUAAACUUACCAUGGACCAGGGCUUCAGUUUCAGCACGCUGAAAAAGCUAGCGGCCGAGCCGGACUACACCGACAUCACUCUACCGGCGGUCGAGCGAGUUCGGGCCCUCAGCAAAAUGGGCUAUACCAUCGAGAUAAAUGAAGACAUCACGCCGUGGCGUUACUUUCGCUCCGGAGUGGAGAUGGAGCGUAUGGCAGCCGUUUAUCUUGAAGAGGGCAGUCUGGAGAACGCCUUUGUCCUCUACAACAAAUUUAUCACUUUAUUUGUUGAGAAGCUCCCCACUCACAGGGACUAUCAGCAGUGCAACAUCCCUGAAAAGCAAGUGAUUAUGAAGAAAUUACAGGAGGUGGCUUUUCCACGUAAGGAUCAAUUGAAGCGACUUCUCCAUGAGAAAUACAACAAAGAACACAGCGAAUAUCUGAAAAGUCAGAGCCAAGCCAGAGCAGUUGAGAUGUGUGGAGAUCGGCUACAGAAGAUGUCUCUGUUGGAAGAGGAGAGGCAACGUGUGGCGCAUCUCAGGAAGAUGCAGAUCGAGUCGGAGCAGUUUCGCUAUUUUGAGGAUCAGUUGCGCAGACAAGAGCUGGCCAGUCGCAGGGAAGAGGCUGUCCCCAAAGUGCCUGAACAAACCGAUGGGUCCUGCUUAUCCCAGACCCCGAGAAACCAUGUGCGCCUUGACCCCAAUCGUAAUAAACCAGCCGGCCCUGUCCCUAAACCAGCAGCCACGUUAGCAGCUGUACAAAAUCAGCGUGUGGAAGGCCUGAGGCGAGUUUUAAUCCCACGAGACCUGACAUACAGGUUUCUUCUUUUGGCUGACAGUAACACAGCCAGAGGGGUUGAGACGUGUGGAGUGCUCUGUGGAAAGCUGACUCACAAUGAGUUCAUGCUCACCCAUGUGAUUGUCCCUAAGCAGUCCGCUGGCCCAGAUUACUGUGACAUGGAGAAUGUAGAAGAGCUGUUUAGUUACCAGGACCAUCACAACCUUCUGACCCUGGGCUGGAUCCAUACACAUCCGACACAGACGGCCUUUCUGUCCAGCGUGGAUCUUCACACACACAGCUCUUAUCAGCUCAUGCUACCGGAGGCCAUCGCUAUUGUUUGUGCACCUAAACACAAUGACACAGGAGUAUUCAGACUGACCAGCGCUGGAAUGGGAGAAGUGGCCGGUUGCAGAUUGAAAGGUUUUCAUCCUCACUCUAAAGAUCCUCCUCUGUUCACUAUUUGCAAGCACGUUGUGGUGAAGGACUUGAAAACGACAGUGCUGGACCUCAGGUGACAGGAGAAUCGGAUACUUCCGAAAACCAUAGAGAAGAUCUGCUACGAUCUGUGUUUACUUGAAGGCUUUUUUGUAUUUAUUUAUUUCACAUAAAGUUACUGUGGAUUGGGAGUUUUCAGCUGUGAGCAGGUUCACUGAAACUAUCCAGAUGCUCCUAUGGUGUUUUUUAGAUCAUUGUUUGCUUUUUGUUUGUGGCCAGGUGUUUUUAAAACCUUUUGUCAGAAGUAUCGUCUCUACUGAGCAGAUGGCUUUUUUGGUUCUUAGUCCUCAAGGUGGCAUCAUUUGGCAAGGCAUAGUGCUAGACUGCAGUCAUGCCAACUGUUUCCUGGACUUUUUGUAAGGAAGUUUCACCUUUUUGAUAAACGCUUAUAUCAUUUGCAGUGCUCUCUGUAUAUCACAGUAGAUGCUGAAAAGUGAUUUAUUGCUUUUUAAAAUGACAAAUAACAGAAAUUUCUUGUCGUGUUUACUCUGUUUAAAAUAUGAUUCAAUGACUUUGGAGUAAUUAUUAUUAUUAAAACACCCUUACUGAAAGGACCAGCUAAAACCAGCCUAAAGUGGUCGGCUGGUUUUAACUGGUUAAGUUGGUGUAGCAGGGGGUUUUAGAGGGGUUUUGGCCAUUUUUUCUUAGUUGGUCAGGCCUGAGAGACCAGCUGACCCAAUAGCUUGACCAGGCUGGAAGACUGCCUACUUCCAUCUAAAACCAGCUUAAGACCAGCCAACCAGCUUCGCUUCCAGCCUGGUCAAGCUGUUGGGUCAACUGCUCUGACCAACUAAGACCAAGUGUCCAAAAUCCUUCUUAAACCAGCCUGCUACACAAGCUAAAACCAUGCUACUUUUCAGUAGGGACAUGAGGAAAUGUACAGUAUAAUGGUUUAAAAUGGUUAAUGGUUAACCCACAAUAGUGCAAAAUACAUAAAGAAUCUGACUUUCAACACAUUUGAGACUGUUUUAGGCAUAAAAGUUUUUCAAACAUAAAUCCAACAAGGCAAUAUAUUUAUGCUGGUUAUUGAGCUGAUAUUCUUCACCAACUCAAGCCCGUUUUGUAAAAUGUGGAUCUGAUACAAACUGAAUCUUUGCUUUACAAAUAAAGUAAAAACCAAAGCUCCCACAGCUGCAAACAAAACUUUGCCAUUAGAGCCUUGACUGCUGUCAUCUCAGGGGUAACAUUUCCUCAUUUUAAGAAACUGAUGUGAAUUUUGGUCUCAUCUUGUUUUGAGAUGGUUGAAGUUGUCUCACCAGCAGAUGAUUCAAAUGUGUGAAAACCUAUGAGCUGGCCCGUGUGAUUCAGAUAGCGUUCAGUAAACUGUGUGUUUCAUGUAAAAUGUGGAUUGGAUUGUGUCAUAAGUUUGUGGCUGUGUGCCAUUGGUUCCACUGAAAUCUGCAGUGCUCUUGUUGCUCUUUGUGCACAGGAAACUAUAAGGAGGCUUAUGUGUCUGUACGAGCAUCAUAUCAGCCCAUUUGUUCAUUAACGAAAAAUAAACAAUGAAAAAAUUUGA